UGAUUGAUAAGGUGAUUGAGUGAUGAGGGGUAUAAAAUACGAGUCGAAACGAGAUUUUGAGACACAGUGAAAAGUUUGGAGAUCCAGUUUUAUACUUCAAAAAUAAAGGAAAGAUGAAAGUAGCUCUGGUAAUUUUGGGAGUUGUGGGCGUGGUUUUGGCCGGCCCAGCCCUGCGACAACAGCCACCAGAACGUAUCGUUGGAGGGACGGAAGCCACGCGGGGGGAAUUUCCAUGGAUCGUUACGAUCCAAGUUGGUUCCCAUAUUUGUGGAGGAUCAAUCGUUAACGCCAACUGGAUUGUGACCGCGGCCCAUUGCGCGGAUUAUGCCGCCAACCGGUACACCAUUAUCGGCGGGGAGCAUAACUUGAACACCAACCAAGGCUCGGAACAGUCCAGAACGGUCGCGCAGAUUAUUAAGCAUCCAAGCUAUAAUCCAAGCACAUACGCUAACGACAUCGCCCUCAUGCGUCUCUCGUCCCCCUUCACUUUUGGCACGUACGUCCGCGCCGCCAACUUGCCCGCUUCGGGUGCCGGGGUUUCUGGAAAUUUGGUCGUUUGCGGGUGGGGCACGACCUCGCAGGGUGGCUCCCUUUCCGCCCUUCUUCUCAAGGUCACGGUCCCCUUCGUCAACACGGCGACGUGCCAACAAGCCUACGGAUCACAGAUUGUUCCCGGUAUGAUUUGCGCCGGAACGGGAGGGCGCGACUCGUGCCAAGGAGAUUCUGGUGGCCCCCUUCACUCGGGAACCACGUUGGUGGGGAUUGUUUCUUGGGGAUAUGGUUGUGCCGUUGCUGGAUAUCCUGGAGUCUACGCAUCCGUUCCCUACUACCGAAACUGGAUCUCGCAACACACCGGAACAUAAAUUUGACCGGAUUAAAAAUUUAAGUCGAAUUUGUUUCGACAAAAUUGUACAAAUUGUAAAAAAAUAUCUAAUUCGAAUUGAUUAUUUAAAAUAGUAAUAAAUUAUGCCGAAAAUUUAUUCUCAAAAUAUAUAAGAAUGCUGAAAACAUA